ACCUGCGGUUUAAUUGCCAGCACGCGCUGUGCUGUCUAGUUGUGCCAUCUAGAGUGCUUUCCGGAGAUCACUGCAGCGGAGUCUUUCUCCACCUCUCGCGCGCAGCCCCUCUCAGUUGAUCUCUCUGCGAGGCAUAUUAGUGUGCGUUCGUGUAAUAUAUAAUGAACUUGAAAAUUAAGGGUUCCAGCUUGUUUGCACUAUCUUGUGGAGAUCUGGGAGCACGUCCUGUCCUGUACAGUCGGCGGCUGCUAAAGUUUCCAAUGGCUUAAAUAACUGUAAAACAAUGCACGCAUAGUUAUAAUUGUCAAUAAUUUGGAGGAAAAAAAAUUGGAUUCUAGUGUUUGUUUAUUGGAAUAUACGAAUGGAACUACGAAGGUUUUGAACCUGGAAUUGGGAACAAACUACACAGCAGUGUUUGCAGGCUGACGCUGCCUCUGAUUAUCAAUUUUCCAUGUCAUCAGUUUCCUUAGGAUUCUGGAAAGGAUGGACCUCGUUGGAUUGUGAGUUUAUAUGUUUUGUGUAAAAGCUGAAAGAUGCGCAAUAACAGUAACCCUACUGGCAUACAAAGGAUACACAGUCGUUUACAAAGGUGAGAGAGUCACCUAAUGAAGUGUGGGGUACCCUACAGCACAUGACAUUGCAUCACGUGACACCAAGAGAUAAGAGAUAAAGGAGCUAAUGCGCAGUUCAUCAGCGCAGUGUUGAAGGUUGGAACGUCAAACUUCACAAAGCACAGCCAGCACGUAAGAGGACUCAAGGUGCGAGUGGCCCUAUGGCAGAAUACUGCACAAUAUAGGUCCCAGUGCAUGAUCUACCAUGGACAAAGUGCUCUGCAGCCUCCUGAUUCUCGGAACAACAGCGAUGAUGGUCCACGCGUGUCCUAAAUACUGUGUCUGCCAGAACCUGUCAGAGUCUCUGGGCACACUCUGUCCUUCCAAGGGCCUCCUGUUUGUGCCUCUGGACAUUGACCGCAGGACUGUGGAGCUCCGCUUGGGUGGCAACUACAUCAUCAGAAUCACCCAGCAGGACUUUGCUAACAUGACAGGGCUGGUAGACCUGACAUUGUCCCGGAACACAAUCAGCUCCAUCCAGCCCUUCUCCUUUGUCGACCUUGAGACCCUGCGAUCCCUUCACAUGGACACCAACCGGCUAACAGAGAUAGGGGCCGAUGCCUUGAGGGGACUGUUCAACCUGCAGCACCUGAUUCUCAACAACAACCAGCUGAGCCGCAUCUCAGAUGAAUCCUUUGAGGACUGCCUGUUGACCCUGGAGGACCUAGACCUCUCGUACAACAACCUCCAGGGUGUCCCAUGGGAAUCCAUCCGCAAGAUGGUCAACCUGCAUCAGCUCAGCUUGGACCACAACCUUAUUGAUUACAUAGCAGAGGGUACCUUCACUGAUCUCCAAAAGCUGGCCAGGUUGGACCUGACCUCCAACCGGCUUCAGAAGCUGCCCCCUGAUCCCAUCUUCGCCCGCUCACAGAACAACGUGGUGCUGACAACCCCUUACGCCCCUCUCUUGACUCUCAGCAUCGGGGGGAACCCUUUGCACUGCAACUGUGAGCUCCUGUGGCUCAGGAGACUGGACCGGGAGGAUGAUAUGGAGACCUGCGCUUCCCCUCCAAGCCUCAAGGGUCGGUACUUCUGGUAUGUGAAAGAGGAGGAGUUUGUGUGUGAGUCGCCCCUGAUCACCCAGCACACCCACAAGCUCCUGGUGCUGGAAGGCCAGACAGCAAGCCUCAAGUGUAAAGCCAUAGGAGAUCCACCACCGGUCAUCCACUGGGUGGCUCCCGAUGACAGGCUGAUCGGAAACUCCUCCAGGGCAACAGUCUAUGACAACGGCACUUUGGACAUUAUGAUCACCACCUCCAAGGACUACGGCACCUUCACCUGCAUCGCUGCCAAUGCCGCUGGGGAGUCCACCGCUUUCAUUGAGCUCUCCAUCAUCCAGCUACCACACCUCAGCAAUGGUACUGGCCGAACCUCACAACCCAAGUCCAGGCUCUCGGACAUCACCAGCUCAGCCAAGACCAAUAAGGGGGAGGACAAGAGCCCGCCAGAGAGGGUGGUGUCCGUGUCAGAGGUGACGUCAGUCUCUGCCUUGGUCAAGUGGUCAGUCAGCAAAGCAGCACCCAAGGUUAAAAUGUACCAGAUCCAAUACAAUUGCUCCGAAGAUGAAGUCUUAAUUUACAGGAUGAUUCCAACAGCAAGCAAAGCCUUCCUUGUGAACAAUCUGGUGUCUGGAGUUCAGUAUGACCUGUGUGUCCUGGCAAUAUGGGAUGACACAGCCACCACUCUCACAGCCACCAACGUGGUGGGGUGUGCCACAUUCAUUACCAGAGAGGACUACCCGCACUGCCAGUCUCUACAAAGCCAGUUCCUGGGCGGAACCAUGAUCCUGAUCAUUGGAGGGAUCAUCGUGGCCACCCUGCUUGUCUUCAUCGUCAUCCUGAUGGUCCGGUAUAAGGCAACCAGCAGCACCAAUUCUGGGAAGUUACCAGAUGUCAGUAACACUUACUCGCAGACUAACGGGGGUCAUACUGUCCAAAAUGGGGUGUUGCCUCAAGUGAAGCCCAAAGUGGUAGUGCGAGACGAGCUAAUGGAAUUUAACUGUGGCUCUUUGCACAGCAGCUUGUCCUCAUCCUCUAGCUCGCUGGUCAGUAGAGACUGUGACGAUUACAGCCUCCACAGUGACAGGAGCACCCUCUCCAACAAGUGGAGACCAGUUUCCAGGUCUCAGCACAACUUGGACCACCUUUUGGGGGCCUUCACCUCUCUGGAACUGAGGGGUCAGAGGCGAGAGGAUGUUCCGACUGAUUCCAGGAACUCCAUUCUUGCCCCGCACUCUGACAAGGAGCCCCUACUGGGCCGUGGGGAGACCAAGCUCAGAAGCUUUCUCACAUUACCUUUGGAGAGCAAGCCCAAGCGGAGCCACUCCUUCGACAUGGGGAACUUUGUCACCACCCAGUGCUGCAGCUAUCCCAAAAAGAUCACAAACAUCUGGACUAAGAGGAGCCUCUCGGUCAAUGGAAUGCUCCUGCAGUAUGAUGAGGGUGACCUGGCAGGGAGCAAAGUGAACUCCGGGAGCUCUGAAUGGGUCAUGGAAAGCACUGUCUAAUGCUCAGUCGCUGGGUCUUCUGGUCAAAUCAAUAAGGGAAAAUAAAAAGUGGGACACCUUGGCAUCCUACACCUGUAGUGCAUGAAGACCAUCAGUGUGUAACAUCUGUUGACCCCUGUUCCUUUAGAAUUAUUUUUAAUGACAGUGCAUUGAAUCAAGCGCUCAACUUGGGAAGCAUAAAGACAGAUUAUGUAUACUACCAAGGACUGUAGGGUGACCAAACAUUGUUAGCCAGUUGUACGUUUUUGAAAUGCCUGCACACAAAAAAAAUGUCCUAAUGUCUAUCUUCAGAGAAGUCUCAUUUGGGGUCAAGGGGUGGUUUUGAAAGGCAUUGUUUAAGAAGGGGAAUAGAAUGGAUGAUAUCAAUAAACUUGGAUUGCAACAAAGAAAAUCCUAAAAUGAAAUCUGAUGCAGAUUGGGAUGGUUCAGUUAAAGCGAAUUAAGGCAAAUCACUACUGUAUGUGUAGUAUAAAUAAAAAAUAUAUUUUUGCCUGCAAAAAGAAACUAAGUUGAAAUUGAUUUCCAAGUCAUGCUUUCCUGUGAAUAAGGUCCAUUGAGAGUGGUGGCUGCAAAGUAUCUGGUUAAGAUCUGGAGAUUUGAAUUUCCCUUACUGCAAAUGCAUGAAGAAUGAAAAACAAUUGUAGAUGCCUACCUGCCCCUUUAAAGACCAUUUGUGUUGAUCUAAAGUUGUGGCUACUCUCAUCCUUUCCUUAUUGUGUGCUUGUAAAACAAAACACCUGCUGGAACGUUGAACGUGACGACGCCCUCCUCUAAUCCCAAAGGUAUUUGGAUGUAUUUGAAAUGCAUUCUGAGCCAACCAAAAUCUCCACCAAUGGUUUCUGGAAAACGCAUCCUUGUAAAUUAUUCCAUCAACCAAAAUUCAGUCAGAUACAUGAAUAUGUAUUUAUUUAUUUAUUUAUUUAUUUAUUUAUUUAUGUGUUAUUUUUUAUUAAGAUCUGCAGCACAGCAUGAGAAAAGUAAACCAAUCGCACGCUACAUGAAUGGCACACAUGUAGAUGAAAGUCAUGGUUCAAGGACAUGGUAAGACAAAUGGAAUAACACUUGUAAGAUAUCUGUUAAAAAAAAACUAAUGAAACUGACACCAAGUUAAUAUGUUUUCAGUUAUCAGCUAAUUUGAUUAAAACCUUUUUGUUAACUGGACUGUUCUUAUUUUUUUUUUACAAAUCUUCUGUAUUUCUCCUAUGAAGCACAAAUAUUCUUCAGAUAUCUUCAAUCAACAUUCAUGGGGUUUCCAUGCAAGUUUUUUUUUUUUUUUUUAACUCAAGACAUUUACACUAGAAAAUUGUCUCGUCUAAAAUGCUUUUUUGGGUUUCCGUUCGCUCAGUUUAUUUUACUCGAGUAAACUGGGCUUUUCACCCGACGUCAUGCAAAUGAAUGGGAAAGGUGGGGGGUUGAUAUGUAAAUUAGCUAUGUGUAAAGUACUCGUGCUGUUUUUGAAGAUUACUAGUGAAAUUUUGUGAAAAUGUGGUUUCCAUGCGCAGAGACCUGGUACACGAGUGAAUCUAAGCACCUGUAAUAAAGCAAAAUGCCUCGUACCUGGUUGGUUAAUAAUGUGUUUUACUGCUCUUACCCAAAUUGUUUUUCAAAUGUCAUUAGUGGGGUGUCAUGUCGUUAGUAGUGAAUACUGUUUCAACUAAUUUAUCUUACGACUCAUUAAUUAAAAAUAAACUCGACGGUAUAAAAUGAAACUGACCAACAGGUAUUGCAGAUAACCAUAGCUGAAAACUGGCGGAGACGUUAUAUAUAUACUUUUGCAAGGCACUGUAUAUAUAUAUAUAUAUAUAUAUAUAUAUAUAUAUAUAUAUAUAUAUAUAUAUAUAUAUAUAUAUAUAUAUAUAUACAUACAGUAUAUAUCCCUUUCAUUCAGGCAAUACAGCAGGGGAUCAGGUGAUGCAACGUGUACUACCCUGGCUCUGAUUUAGAAACCACUACCGCCCGGACGGCUGACCGCUGCUGAGGAGCAUUCAACACCACGCUUGGGCAAAUACGGGUAGUGGGCACUUGAAAGGGAGGUGGCGGAUACUGAUGAAACGGACUGAAGUGCAGCAUUACUUUGUUCCCAAAAUUGCCACUGCCUGCUGUAUCCUGCACAAACUCUUGUCAACAGCAAAAUGAGGUGUUCAGGAAUCAGUGGCUGCCUGUGAGACAGACGGGGAAGGUUACCAGUGUUGCCAAGUCUCACAAGAAAAAAAAAAAAAGCGACACUGCCUUUCAAAACAAGCCCAAAACAAGCGAACCCAUGUUAGAGUAUAGGUGUUUAUGCAAGUUCCAACCAGUGACUCUCAAAAACAAGCCCAAUUCUGCUUAUUAUAAGCAGACUUGGCAACUGUGAAGGUUACCUUAGGCGUCAGUUUCAAUUGGACAGCAGAUCUGAGAUUCUCUCCUUUAUUUUAAGUUGUGUUGGAUUUACUGUUGUGUUAAAUAUUAAUGAUGCAAACAAAUAAAACACAGUCAAUACAUUAAUUUUCAAUUUUAUUUGGUCAGUUCUGAGAAGACAUCAAAAACUUGUUGAAUGUUGUUGCGCUGUUUUGGGCGAUCGAGCUGGCUCAUGACAUCCAGUUCACAAACUAUAUUUAUUAACGUGGUAGGCAGACACGCGUUGUCUUUGGACAUAGCUGAGAACAAAAAAAGGACAGGAAUCAAUCCAGUUAGACAUUUAAGCAGCAAGGGUAUUCUCAAACAGCUGCAUUAAUAUAACAUGGGCAUAACGCAGUUCAUGGUAAGUGGUUUUAUACUGAACUUUAAACCGACAAGGGAUAUACAACAUGACAGACCAGACACAGCAAAAAACAAUAAUAAAAAAGCAGCCCGCAUUAUCAUUAAUGUGAACUACUCCAUUGCUAACCAUAAAAUCGCCCAUCAGCCACUACUUUCUGCCGUCUUGGAACCCACAGUAACAACUGACCUGAUCCCUUGCAAUAUUUAUAGUUAAGGAAAACACGCUCAUUAACAUUUACACGUGAAAUGCGGGUUUCCAUGCGAAACUGGGCGUGGUUUUCCCGUGUGUUUGGUCAUUUACACGAGUAAAUGGAAUUUACCCUAUCCCUCUCUUUGGCCGUUUUUUUGGCCACAAACCUGAUUUACCCGAGUAAUUCUCUAAAACAUGCACGUGCAUCGCCAUUUCACUUGUAAAUUAACCUGCAUGGAAACCCCAUGAUUCUUAAUGAUAGCCUCUGUGUUUCUCUGAAUUAGUUACAUUUCAUUCCAUUUACUUUUAUUGUGUAUUAAUUAAUUGAUGGGUUACUGGCUGUAAUGUUCUGUAUAUUCCAUAUGUUGUACAAUAAUUAAGUAUGAUGAGAAACUGUACAGUACUAUUUCUUUCUGUUUGUGUACGUAGGGGGGUGGGGUACUAUAUCUUAUUGUUACAUGAAUGUGUAUUUGAUCCUGCAUAGUCAUAUUUCUCACCUGGAGUUGUAGAAAAAACUUUCUGUGGUUAAAAAUUUUUUUUGCUACCAAACGAUAAACAUCAAGAAUUCCCCCAAAACAAAAAACCUUACGUGUGUGCAAAUUAUUUCAUAACAUUCCAAAGUUUACCGGCAGGCUACAGUACUGUGGCCCAUAUACCUUUUUGACAGUGUUAUGAAAAGUGUUAUGACAACUAUCUGUGCUAAUUAUCUGUGCUGUGCUGUUUGUUUUACUCUUUAGCCUGACAUACUCUAUACUUGAUGGAUGUGUUUACAUCUCCAGAUUAGUGAAGGGAUUUUCACAGAUCAAACCAUUUUACUGUAAUAUGCUCUCCCAAUCCACCUCAGCACUGUCCUUAUUAGAAAAUCAAGGAGACAGGCACCUGCUCCAGCCUGAAAUAAGACGUUAAUUCAUAAUCUGUCAGAAAAGAUGCUUACUCCAACACUACAGCUAUGGCCACAAGUUUUGCAUCAACCUAUAGAAUUAACAAAUUUUGCUUCAUAAAGUCAAAUGAAACCUGCUGAAUAAUGUUACGUUAACAUAUUGAAUUAUAUACCUAUUUGUAGUUUUACAUAUACUUAACGAAAAACUGACAAAACUUAACAGGAAAUACUGUACUACUAUUAUGGCUUCAGGUAGACUUUUGUGGUAUCCUUUUGUAGUAUCCUUCGGUAGUUUCUUUGGUUACAUGAUGUUAAAUAAAAUAUCUAAAUGAUGUUCAUAUGUGUGUUUUUUUUUGUUUUUUUUAAAUUAUGAAUUCUAGGUGAUGCAAAACUUUUGGCCAUAGCUGAGAGUGGAUGCCACAGGAUGCCUGAUUGUCUGCUUGCAUAACAUUGGAAUGUUGCCUGUUCUUUUUAAUUUCACAUCACAAAAUGUUUCGGGUCAGAUAGAGGAGCUACAAUAGGCUAACGUAACAUUUAUUUUCCUGUGUUUGUUAAGCAGGGUUCUGCUUAAGAUCUGGCAAUUUAUACCUGCCCCAUUCCUGUUUGAUUUUUUUUUUGCACUGUAUUUUUGCAAUUUUCCCAUGGUUAUAUUGUGCUUUUACCAUAGUUUACCAUGGUUUGCCAUGCUUAUCAAUCUGCUCUACUAUGCCUUGCUGGUCUUUAAAAUGCUUCCCUAAGCAUUACCAUGCUUUCACUGUGCAUUAUUACACUUUGCUAUGCUUUUUAUGGUAAUCUUGUAUAAUGGCAUGGACAUUGUCAUUGCUUGCAUCAUUUGCUGCACCUAGUCACUGAAGUGCAUGCUGUGUAAAGAACACAGCCAUAGCACUUUGGAAUACAGGGCAUGCAUAACCUUUUAUUAUCACAGUAAAAAAUGGGUAACCACCAAUUGUUUCACAUCAUUGAUAUAAUCUUUUGCACCUUGUGUUCAGGAAAAAUACACUGCUGUAUUUGUUUCCCAAUUUUGAUCUUCCCAUGAAUUUUCAAUGAAAUGUGUUGAGUUUCUUGGGAAUAGGCGAGAUUUAAGAGAACAUGAGAUAUGCUGGAGGAUUAGUAAGAGGAUUCAAUGUUUUCUUACAAUGAAGUAAUAGGAAAUUAGUAAUUCGUUGUGUCUAUUUGCUGAUAUAUAUAUAUAUAUAUAUAUAUAUA